GGGGUUGCUGUAGUCGUUGAACCGCUGACUUUCAGGGAGCUUUGACUUAUGAGCAGAACUUUGGAUUGACCCUGUGACCCUGCCAAGAGGGCCACAGAUGUGUGGGAGUGGGGAAGAGAGGUGAGACUCGUUUGCUGUGUUAAGUGAGGCUCCAUGCUGUGCAGAAAUGAUGUGUUAAACUAAUAACUGUGGAAAGUGGAGGUUAACUGAACACACGUUUACACCUUCCAAUCAUGUACAUGCCUGACUGUGUCUGUAACGUUAAAAAAAGUAUAGCAGAACCUCACAUCCUGCAAAGUGGUGUGAAUUGAAGAAGUCACAAUGAUUUAGGGAGUAAAAAUGAUAUUUUCAGAAUUUAUUUCACUAAAGGUUUCACUGAGAGAGACCAUGAAUGAUAGGUGCAAUAUUACCAAUUUUUCUACUGACGGUAAUAUUAUCUUCUUUGCUACAGGCAAAUAAUAACUUUUUUAAAACCUAAAGUCAAUGCAAAACAUGACUUCAAACACAGAUACAGUAAUUAUAUUUACCAUAUAAUUAGUGUAACAUACUGUAGCAGAUCUAUUUCUUCAGUGAUUUGUUCAGUACUUGAUAAUUACUACAUCAAUAAUUAGUGAUGUCUAUGAAAACAAAGUCAACUCGAUACGCACCAAGGAAAUCAAUGAGGGGGAAGGAAACUAAACUUUCACUGCGUAUUAUUAACAGCAAUCAAUACGUGAGUCAUCUUGUUGCCAGAUGAUACAACUUUCCAUUGAAAAAAAAAUACCUUAGUUUUUCCAUACAGCAUAACUCAAUGUGUAGUGAUACACAGAGUAAACUGCAUCUGUUCUUUAAGCCUGUUUCUGUUGGGCUGCGUUCAUGUAGAGACCUAUAAUCAACGUUAGGCUUCUCUAUUGUCUGUAUCUCCAGAAAAUCAGAGACUUCAACUGUCCAAAAUCUGUCAAAAAAAACAGUUCAAACAGGCGCUAACUGUGAGGCUACUUUUUUAAAAAGAUAGGAAAAUAAGAUAUAUUAUUAAGAUUUAUUCCAAAACAACUAAUAUGUGACUCUAUCCUACAGCACAAGAAUGCAAACCCUUCAGGUUGACUCUGUGCAGCGAUGGAUGGAAGACCUCCGUCAUAUGACAGAGGUGGAGUGCAUGUGUGUCCUCCAAGCCAAACCCAUUGGUGUGGAAGAGGAUUCCCAGCAAGGAGAGCUGAUCAUAGGCUCUGGGCUGGGUGCAGGGGACCAUGUGGCCAGGAACAACCUCCAGAUUCUCCUUCGCCGAGCGCUGGUGGUCAGUACGGAGCUUGGAAAGAUGUUCCAGCGUUUGGAAAAAGGCCGCUGGCAAAGAGUCCACAGCACGGCCGUACGAGCGAACUGUCACGUUCGCUCUCUGGUGCACGAGUACAGCGCUGCCCGAAGCACACCUCCUGAGAUGCAGAAGUAUGAGACAUCUCUGCUGGAGAAAUGCAUGGAGCUGACGAAUAUAACAGAGAGGUGUCUUCACACUGAUGACGAGUACUUCCUUAAAUCCAUGAGAGAGGCCAUCCAUGAGAUACUCACUGAUGUCAGCGAUUCAUUCAGCAACAUGAUUGACAUGGCCUUAGCCAAUGAGAUUCGGGUUCUGAUCAAACAGAUCGAAUCAUCGGACAAUGUACAUAUUAUAGGAAGUGCCAUCAGCAACCUGCUGUCACUCACACAGGAUGGACCUCAGCUCUGCAGCAUCAUUGCCAAGGAAGGCGCUAUAGUGGCCCUGUUUAAAAUCUGCAGACAGGACCGUUUCAAGGAACUCUACGCACACGCUCUGAGGACAGUGGCCUCCAUCUGCUGUGUGGAGGAGGGCAUCAACCAGCUGGACAAGGUGGAUGGGAUCCUGUGCUUGGCAGACAUCCUAACUGAUGAAAACAGUGUUGAGGCAGCCAGGGCCGAGGCAGCAGCUGUUGUGGCUCAGAUCACCUCCCCACAUCACACGUCCACCCAGCAUCUCGCAAGCUUCCUGGAGAGCAUGCAUGACAUUGUCACUUCCCUCAUUAAGUUGUGUGAGAGCGCCUCCUGUGGUGAGGUAUUCCUUUUAGCAUCUGCAGCCUUAGCCAACAUCACCUUCUUUGACAGUAUGGCCUGUGAAAUUCUCCUUCAACUUAAUGCCAUCCACAUCCUGCUGCAGGCAUGCAAAGACAAGCAGAGAGUGGACACGCCCUACUCCAAAGACCAGGUGGUGACUAUUUUGGCAAACCUCUCUGUGUUAGAGCAGUGUGCCACAGAAGUCCUUCAAGAACAAGGAACAGAACGACUGCUGCUGUUGUUGGGAGAAAAACCAACUUCGCCCAGUCCAUCAGAGGGCGCUGCCUGCGAGCGUGUCCAGCAGAAGGCUGCAGUCACACUGGCUCGUCUGAGCAGAGAUCCAGAUGUGGCCCAAACAGCCAUCCAGCUCAAAGCUGUUCCUCGUCUUAUUGAAUUGUGCCGGUCUCCUACUGAGAGAAAUAACAGCGACUCAGUCCUGGUCGCCUGCCUGGCUGCCUUGAGGAGACUGGCUGCAGGGUGCCCAGACAGCAUUGAGCCAGCCGACCACCAGCAGCUCAUCAAACCCAGGCUGGUGGACUCUUUCCUGCUGUGUUCCAACAUGGAGGAGAGCUUUGUAUGACAGUCCGCAGACUGAACUCUUAAAGUACAAAUCUGAACUCCACACCAGGCAAAUAUCACGUGUCACAACGCCAGGACUAAGAGCAACUUUAUACAAAAACAUUCUGAACAAACACAUGCUCAUCACUUGUUUUGUCCCACUGCAAUAUACAACAAACAACUCCCCCUGAAACAACACAUUACACCGUGACAAAUGGGAAUUUUAAAAACAGAUUUCACUUGUAUGUAGGUAACACAGGAACUUUUUGGUUAGCGUCGAUGGAGACAAAGCAUAUACUGCACAGUGCUGUGGCUUCCUGUAUUUCAAUUGCUGUACAUACAUUUUAAAUGCUUUGGUCCAAAAGCAGUGGCACACGGUUGUUUUACACAAAUCUCUUCGUGGUACUCUUCUCUACAGGCACAACUUCUUCCAUCAGCCUGUGAGAACCAGAGUUGCCCAAGAGACACAUCCUAGUCACGAGUGUAUUACUGAUGCACAUGCUGAUAUUAUGCUGCUCUACUUUGGCUACAUUCAUACUGAGUGCCCAGGAAUCUGAAUAGCUGGAAGAGCUGUUACACCUGUGAUGAUGACAUCAUUACUGUCCCAAAGAAGGUCUUAACCUUAAAACAUCACCAAA